AUGGCGGCCCCGGCCCGCCGGCCCCGGGCCCUGCUCGCCCUCGGCCUGGCCCUGCUCGCCGCCGCCGCCGCCGCCGCCGCCACCGACCCCUUCUCGCCGCAGCUGGGAGACACCGGCGGGUGCCGCGGGCAGUGCGGCCGCAGCCUGCAGCGCCGGGCCGCCGCCGAUGCUGUUCUCAACGCCUGUUACCGGGGCUGCCGGCUGUUCUCCAUCUGUCACUUCGUGGAUGCGAGCGCCGAGCUCAACGCCACCAGAGCCGAGUGCGAAGCAGCCUGUGCUGAAGCCUACGGCAACGCAGAGGAGCAGUUCGGGUGCGCGACCGGGUGCCGCAAGCAGCUGCCCGAGGUGGAGGAGAGCAGGAAGGAGAAGAGCCUCGAGCUGAAAUUGCCGUCGUUCUCCAUGCUGGAUUUGGUCUCCACCUUCUGCAACGACAUCGUCAGCUCUGCCCAGAGCUUCAUCUCCUCCACCUGGACCUUCUACCUGCAGGCGGAUGAUGGCAAAGUCGUGGUGUUCCAGUCCCAGCCUGAGAUGGAGUUCCCAGCAGCCGAGGCCCUGGAGAUCCAGCCAGCACAGCCGGGAUCGGGGUCCAGCCCUGGUGUCCCCCAGCCCCACACAGGCCCCCGGGCAAAGGGGGACAAGCCCCCCGUGAAGGAGCCGCGGGGCAAGGCCAAGGUGCAUCCCCCGGAGCCCCCGCAGCAGGAGCACGACUUCCUGGGCUGCAUGUCCAAGCGGGGGGUGGUGGGGUGCUACAGGCGCUCGGGCCUUCCUCGCUGGAUCCUGGCCGCCUGCCUCUUCCUCUCCAUCAUGGUGAUGCUGUGGCUCAGCUGUGCCAGCCUGGUCACCGCCCCCGAGCAGCACGUCAAGACCCAGCCCCUGAGCAUCAACGGGGACAAGGAGUACCUGGAGGAGCUGGACGGCCCCGGCCCUUUCCCGCUGCCUCCCGUCAUCACCGUCACCCUGUGCCCCGCGCCCGGCGGGGAGGACGCGGGGCCGCUGCCCCUCAAGGUCGACCUGGACAAGACCAUCCUGUAGGGCUCCCGUCCCUGCCCACCGCCUCCGCCUCCCUCUCACCGACCCCACGGCAUCGUCCCACGGCUCCCCGCGUCCCCCGGUCCCGCAGGGGCAUCUCCGCCUCCGGCCGGGCCCCGCUCCCCUCCCCGGGCACUGCCGGGCCCCAGGUCCUGCUCCCCUCCCGGGCACGGCCGGGCCCCACUCUGAUCGCCGGGCACAGCCGGGCCCCGCUCUCCUCCCGGGCACGACCUGGUCCCGGGCCCCGCUCUGAUCCCCGGGCACGGCCGGGUCCCGCUCUCCUCCCGGGCACGGCCGGGUCCCGGGCCCCGCUCUGAUCCCUGGGCACGGCCGGGUCCCGGGUCCCGCUCUGAUCCCUGGGCACGGCCUGGUCCCGGGCCCCGCUCCCCUCACGGGCACCGCCGGGUCCCGGGCCCCGCUCCCCUCCCGGGCACGCCCGCUCCGGGGGCUCCGGGAGCCGGGAGCGGCUCUGCCUCCACCAGGGAUGCGCUGCGGGCUGGGAUCCGGGCCUGCGGAGCCGAGAGGGAGCUGCCAGGGCGGGCAGGCCGCAGGGAGCCCGGCGGGUCCCCGAGCGGGACUCUCAGUCUGCCCCGCCCGGAGCCGCCGGGGCCCCGCAGCCCUCCGGGCACGGCUCCAGCGCUGGGCAGGAGGGAGCCGGCUGCGGUGGGGGAUGGAGAGCGUCUGCAGCCUUCGGAGCUUUGGCUCGGCACAUCCCCGGCCUCCCACCUUGGGCUGAGCCUCCGAGGCGCCGGCCCCGGCCCUGGGAACUCCCUUCCGCCGGCCGGAGCCGAUUGCCUCGGGGAGCCGAAACGUGGCGAAUGGAUUUGGCCUUGGCAGCCGGAGACGGGAGCGGAUCCCGCCGCCUCCGUGCCCACGCCAGCGCCCGGCCGGCCCCUUCCCGGAGCUGCGGAGGGGCCCUGGGAUGGCUCCUUCCCCUCCCGGCUCCGUGAUGCCCUUGGGGAGCUGGCCCUGGUGCCAACAAGCUGCUGGUGGGACCAAGCCGGGGAUGAGGUGGCGUUUCCCUGGCUUCAAGCGUGGACAGGAGGUGGGAGCUGCUGGGACGGCUCCAUCCUGGGCUCGGCAUCCUGCAGGGAUGGCUCCAUCCUGGGCUCGGCAUCCCUGCCCCACGCUGGGAGCAGCCUGCGGGGCUGUAGCUGACGGCAGGACCCGGUCUCUGUGUCCCUGGGCUCACAGUGCUGCCCUCAAAGCGGGCAGUGGGACCAAGCACGGCUCCCCUCGGCUCAGCCUGGCACAGCCCCCGGGCAUGGAGGUGUCUCCCUUCUCUCCACCUCCCCUCAUUCUCCACCACUCGAUUCCAUGCAUCGUUCCGUGGUUUGAUUUGCACCGGCGUGCUGCUCCUCGGCCCCGGGGGACACCCCAGUGCCCCUCUGUCACCUAACACGUCUGUACAGAUUAACUUAUUAUCCCGACCCCUCCUUGGGUUUUUGGGCUCUCUCGUGUGCCAGCGGCUCAUGGGGCCGUGCUGUGCUGGGACCGGGGCCUCUCAUCCCCGUCCCCACCGGUUUUGUGCUGCUCCGUGUCACUUCCACCCAUCCGACAUAUCUGGGUUUGGGGAACCGGGUUGGGGGGAGGCGUGGGGGGGUCUCGUAUCAGUUUUGGGGUCCACUUUUCGUUGUUGCUUUCCGGCCGCGUGUGAAGCUCGGUGCAGUCAGUCUGUGAUGUUCCGGCCGCGGCAGCGCCCCCGAUCCCCGGGCAGGAGCUGCGGGGGCAGCGGGGCCUGGAGCCCUCCCGGCCUGGAGCCCUCCUGGCCUGGAACCCUCCUGGUCUGGAACUCUCCUGGCCUCGCCUCGAAGGGCAAACCCAGCCCCGAGCUGGGAGGGGGAAUAGAAUAAAGGUUUGUACCAGA